GGGUGUGAUAAAAUAAUUAAAAAACAAACGAGUUUUUUUAGCGUUUGGAAUUCUAAAUUUCGACAACGAAAAGACUCCUGGCUUGAUGCAUCGAGCUGUUACAAAUAUACAAAUUGUUGUCGCCAUGCUGAGGUCCAGUAAACCCUACUACCGGAAAUGAUUUCUGAACAAACGAAUGUUUAGAUAUACGAAAUCAUCAUGUUGUAAAUUAAUUAAAACAUAUUUAAAAUAGCCGAUUUUGUGGGAAUAUCGGCCUAGUAUAUUAUGCAUUAAAAAAGAGGAUAUCUUAAAAACAUGUAAGUUUGGAUAGACCAGUUAAAAAAAUUAUACGCGUCUUAUCACAUAAUAGUAAAAGUAAGUAGGACAUUUUGAAAUAGGUUACAAAUAAAUGAUGAAAGUAAAGGCGUCCAUUGAUAAGAAGAGAAUAAAGGAGGUCGCUCGGAAUACACAGACACACACAGCAACAUGAAGACUACCCUCGUGCUUGGAUUUGUAUUGGUGCAACAAGCACUAGCAAGCUGUUACCCAGCAUCAUGCUUGUCACCUCCUGCGAUCGAUCUGCUAUUACCGCCGCUGGCAGCUCUGCCGUCAUCCUGCGCCACAGACCUGGCAGCCCUAACGCCGACCCUCGCCUCCUCACUCUCAGCAUCUAUAUCAGCGACUCUACCACCUUUACUAGAGGCGGCGUUACCGACAGUACUCACCUCCGCAUUAGCUGCAGCAACACCCUUAGUAUGUGGUCAGCUGCCGCCGGCACCGCUCUUGCUACCAGCUCCACCAGCUCCCCUUGCAUUGCCGGCCGCUCCUCUGGUACUGCCAGCGACACCCCUUCCGUGUCCGCCUCUCUUAGCUCCCCCGCCCGCAUGCACUGCCCCUGCUGCCGUAUAUACCAUGCCAGCCCCUGCUUGUGCGUUGCCAGCCCCUACCUUCGCGUUGCCAGCCCCGUUGCCAGCCCCUCCUUGUGCGUUGCCAGCCCCUACCUUCGCGUUGCCUGCCCCUGCUUGCGCGUUGCCGGCCCCCACACCUAUUUACUACGCUCCACCGGCACCAGCAUGCACGCCUCUAUGCCUUUAAGUCUGUUACCCUGAAUUAAGAUAAUAGUUUACAAAAUUUUGUGUUGCAUAUAUUUAAGACAAGUUGAUCAAAUGUACUAAAGACGGCAGUUUGAUGAUUUUUAUAAAUAAUAUUUACGAAGCACUCAAUGAUGUCUUAUUAAGUAAACGUCAUUAAUAAAAACAAAACUAAACGUUUGAACGAGAAAUACAAAAAUGAUUUUUGUUCACCCAAACA